UAGUUUAUUUUGUAAACUCUGCGGCUUGUAUCUUCCUGUCCCGCAAUAACCCCGCCGUUAAAAUUCAAAUACAAACCUUUUCUGGUUUCCCCAACGGCUACUUAGACAGUACCUUAAUUUCCCAAAAACCCCCCCAAGAUUUUGUCCAUCUCUGAAUCAAAAACCCACAACUGAAACGCCUUUCCUUCAUUUCAAUCAAUCUCAUGGAUUCGACAGCUUCACUGCCUCCCUAUCGUCACCAUUCUCGUUCGGAGCCACCGUCCCGAACCAAAACGGCGUCACGGCUCGCCCAAUCGGAGAAGGUCCCUCAUCUCUCUCUGGGUCUCAUUCAAUCACCUUCACCUCCGUCUCGCAAAUCUUCAGCUUCUCUCCCUCUACACGAGCUGCUGCUACUCUCGCCUUCGCCUAAUCCAAGAAGGUCCAAGACCCGUCUCGCCGAUCGGUUUGAAAUGCCCGAUGAGCCUGCUGCGGAACCGGCAGGCCCACGACGGAGGUGCAAGAGCAGCAGGGUCUCCCAGAUGGGCUCUCUGGGAUGUGCCUCGCCCAGGAACACCAGAAGGUCCAGGAGGAGAUCGGAGGUUGAGAUUCGAGAAGAUAAGGAUUUGGGUUUGGGGGAAGAGAUUGUCAAGGUCAGGAAAAGAAGGUCCAAGAAGGACAAGCUGAGCUUGGUGCCUUGUGUGCUGCCCUCCCCUACUUCAUCUACAAUGGAUGAUGACGAUGGGAGUCGUCUGGAGCGUAUUGGGCAGCUAUUGAAUGAUCUGAUCAUGUGGAGAGAUGUAGCAAGAUCGACCCUUUGGUUUGGUUUGGGCUCUCUGUUCUUCUUGUCUUCUUGCUUUGCCAAAGGAGUGAACUUUAGCGUUUUCUCGGCGAUUUCCCAACUAGGACUUCUGUUCUUGGGUGCUUCAUUUGUCUCGAAUUCAAUCUCCCAAAGAAAUGGUGUCGAAAAGAAGCGGGAUUACUUGCUUAAGGAAAAUGAUAUCCUUGGUGUGGCCAAAAUGAUACUCCCUGCAGCAAAUCUUGCAAUAUCAAGUACAAGGAAGCUUUUCUCAGGAGAGCCAUCUACGACUCUCAAGGUAGCUCCAUUCUUUCUUCUAGGAGCAGAGUAUGGACAUCAUAUAACAGUGUGGAGGCUCUCUGUCCUUGCAUUCUUUAUUAGCUUCACAAUCCCAAGGCUGUACUCAUGCUACUCCAUUCAAAUGAACCAAAGAGCUGAGUGCUUGAAAUGGUUGGUGUUGGAAGCAUGGGGAGCAUGCUCUCACAAAAAGAUUGUAGCAGCAUCAGCAGCCACAGCAUUCUGGAAUCUGUCUACGGUGAAAACCCGCAUAUUCACCGCAUUCAUAUCCCUUGUAAUUCUUCGUUACUGCCGACAACACAUGGUGCAAGUUAGGGAAGCCGAUGCAGAAGCAGAACAGGAGGAGCAGCAGCAGGCCAUAGUAGUGGCAGAAGCAGAAGGAAAACAGGAGCAGGCAUUAGUAGUGGCCAAAGUGGGCAAGCAAUCAUAAGUAGUCCAAUAGUCACUGAUCCAUUUUUAACACACUAAUGUUUUUGUCCCUGAUGCAAUGUAAGACAAUAAAUUGUCACUGAUCCAUGUCCAAUGUUCAACAUGUACAAAUAAAAAA